AUGAAAACUGGGACACGGUAUUGUCUUUUUGUGGGUGGAAUGAUCAUCAGUGUUUUGAUAUGUGGAAUAAAUCUGAUGAAGAAGUGGAAUAUGGAUGACGACACGGAACAAGGAGAAACACUUCCUGCUAUUCCAAAUGCUACCGAGAGGAGGGACAUUGUAAGUGUCAGUAUUAAAAGGAGACAGGAAAAUGAAUUAGAUGAGAUCUCCAAAAAUGCCGGUGGUCGUAAAAGUUGGAUAGUAACGUCGACAGUGUUUAAUAAAACUUAUAUAAAAGAAACGACACGGCCAAGUGCAUUGGGUGAGGUCAUAGAACAUGCGAAGAUGGUUGCUAAAGAAGCUCGAGGAGGCAUAGUUGCUGUGACGAUGGUCAAUGAAGCGUAUCUUGAACUGACGUACAGUUGGUUGUGUAACACUGCUAACAUGAGUGUACAUGAUAAUGUACUUAUUAUAGCCACAGAUGAAACUACUUUGCAAAGAUUGCAGAAAGACUGGCCUCGCAUCAAUACAGUUUUGUACUCAAUCAACAAUUCUGAACUAUCCUAUAACGAAGUAGGAUAUGUUCGGUAUAUGUUGAUUAGAACUCGGUUUCUAGUUGCAUUACUCAUUAGCAAAAUACAGGUCCUAUUGUUCGAAGUUGAUGCUAUCUGGUUUUCCUCGCCAUUGCCUUUGUUACAGACUCUAGUCCAUUACGAUCUUGUUGCUGCUCAAAUUUCCACGAGGAACCACACUAUAGCUGGUGGCUUCCUUUUUCUACAACCAUCAGCAAUACAGGUAUUAAACCGAGUUGUGUACAGGCUUCAAAAAUUUAUGAAAAUCUUCUCUAAUAUUGGUGUUAACAAACAGUUGCCCGUGGUGGUCAAUGAUCAAACAAUUCUGCAAGAAGUUGUGGUAUCACAACCAAAUCUGAAGUACAAACUACUGGAUUUUGACAUUAUUGCAGAUGGACAAUGGUACACACGUACAAAUGCGCUAAAUGCGACACCUAUUGUUUUAAAUAACAACUGGAUAAUUGGAAAUAGAGCAAAGAUAGCAAGAGCCAAAAAAUUUGGACAUUGGUUUCAAGACGAGAGCGGUUCUUGUGACUGGAUCCGUGUUAGAAAAAUAACAAAGAUUGUUUAAUUAAUUUUUGAAUCGUCUCUUGUAGAGCC